CAUAUGCUGCUAUGCAUGGCCAGUGCAAUCAGCCCGGAAGGAGAAGCACUCCUCCGGUGGAAGUCCACUUUGCUCAAUUCCACCUACCUGUCAUCAUGGUCGCAUGCCGAAUCGACCUGUGAUUGGUUCGGUGUCACCUGUGACAAUGCCGGCCAUGUUACCGCACUCGAGCUAUCCUGGUUCAGCCUCAAUGGCACGCUCAACGCCUUGUACUUCCCGGCAUUCCGGAACAUCACCACACUUGACCUCUGCGGCAACAACCUCAUCGGUACCAUCCCAGAAAACAUAUCGCUGCUGCUCACCUUGGCCUACCUGGAUUUGAGCAACAACUAUUUUGUUGGUGCGAUCCCCCAUCAACUCGGCAAGCUCCCAUGGAUUCGUUAUAUCGAUCUUGGGAAUAACUACUUAACCAACCCAGACCCUGCCAAGUUCUCGCCUUUGUCCACCGUGCAAACCUUACAUCUAAAUGAUAACAAUCUCAACGGCACUUUUCCACAGUUCAUCCUGAACCGCACCAACGUUAGGUUGAAGGACUUCGACCUAUCAGGUAACUUCUUCUCGGGUUCAAUACCUGAGACUCUGCCAGAUAUGGUUCCAAAUUUACUAUUUCUUGAUGAUGUGCACAGCCGCCGCCGCCCCAAUCCGGAUGGAUCCCACGCCGGACCGCAGGGUCCCCAAUUGUGGUGGGUUUUUGCAAUUUACUCAUUUCUUGAUAUGUCCUCCAACAUGUUCUCUGGACUCAUACCGAGUGAAUUCGGUAACCUUACUAGUCUUGAGUCCUUGCACCUAUCGUUGAACAUGCUAUCUGGAGGUUUGCCACCGUCCUUUUCAGUGAUGGGCCAAAUUAUAACCUUUGAUGUCGGGAACAACCACCUUCACAGUGGCAACAUCCCGCUAGAAUUGUUUUCAAACUGGACUGAACUUGGCUUUUUCAGUAUUGCAAACAACUCCUUCACCGGAAGCAUUCCACGGGAGGUCAGCAGAUGGGAGUCCCUGCAGUACCUCCUCCUUUCUGGCAACUGCUUCAACAGCUCAAUCCCCGCGGAGCUAGGAUCUUCCCUGCGGGUGCUAGACUUGUCCGAUAACCAUCUUACAGGCAUGAUACCAUCGGGGUUUGGUAAAUUAUCAUUCUUAUUACAAUUCCUUGACCUUAGCAGCAACCACUUGGAGGGAGAGAUUCCAGCUAGCUUGUCGCUCCUAUCUGUCAACUACAUAUUCUUGUCCAGUAACAGGUUGACAGGUGUCAUCAACAAGGAUUUCUGUAAGCAACGUCAUCUACAGUUCUUGGACCUAUCAAACAAUCUCCUGUCUGGAAUGCUCCCUGGUUGCUUAUGGAACCUGCCUAAUCUUACAUACAUGGAUUUGUCAAGCAAUGCCUUUGUUGGAGAAGUCACAACCUCGACGAAUGAUGCUUCUCCAUUAAAAUCAGUACAUUUGUCCAACAACAGCUUCUCUGGAUAUUUUCCGUCUCUUAUAAAGAACUUGGAAAGCUUAGUAAUUUUGGAUCUUGGAGACAAUAUGUUUUCUGGCACAAUUCCUUCAUGGAUAGGAGCUAGCCUCUCUAUGCUAAGAAUUCUCCGACUACGGUCAAAUAUGUUUCAUGGAAGUAUUCCUUGGGAGGUAUCGCAACUCUCUCAUCUCCAGUUGCUUGACCUAGCUGACAACAAUCUUACAGGUUCUAUUCCAGUAAGUUUCGCAGACUUUACUUACAUGAUAGAGACAACGCCAGAAAUGGAUGUAAGUGCUAUCCUUGCAAGCUUUGAAACAUUUGGGGAUAUGCCUUAUAUAUAUUCCUCCACAAUGGACAUAAUCUGGAAGGGACGUGAUUAUACUUUCCAUAAGACAAUUACGCUUAUGACUGGUAUUGAUUUGUCAAGCAACUCCCUUUCAGGUGAGAUUCCUGCUCAGUUAGUAAAUCAUCAAGCCCUGCGGUUCCUGAACCUAUCAAGAAAUAAUUUAUCCGGUGGUAUCCCAAAAAACAUUGGCAGUUUGAAAAAUGUGGAGUCUCUUGACCUCUCCUGGAAUAAACUCUGGGGCCGUAUUCCUCCAAGCAUAUCAGAUUUGUUGUGCCUAAGCUUGCUCAAUAUGUCCAACAAUCUACUAUCAGGAGAGAUACCUACAGGCAAUCAGCUCCAAACACUCAAUGACCCGUCAAUAUACAGCAACAACCUGGGACUUUGUGGUCUCCCCCUGAGCACUCCAUGUAAGCAUGAUUCAAGUUCUGCAACAGUGCUGGAUCAGCCAAAUGAACAUCACCAUGAACUUGAGACUUUGUGGCUGUCCUACUCAGUGAUUGCUGGAACUGUCUUUGGUUUCUGGAUAUGGUUUGGAACAUUGUUUUUCUGGAACAUCUGGAGGAUUACCUUCUUCAGUUGCAUCGAUGCCAUGCAACAGAAUGUUAUGCAAAAGAUGGCGUGUACCUGGCAGUAUGACACUCUGUCCGAAAGACGGCGAAGGUCACUCCCUUCUUGAAGGCGUCGUCGCGGCUAUCAUUGCCCGUCGUGGUGCUCCAGGGGAAACUCUGAUCCUCGGAUCGGGCGGUGGCGACGCUCCGGUGCCGUAUCCUUCCUGAAGGCACCGCCUUGAAGCCCACGGGUCGUCAUAUGCGGCUUCACUUCUUCGAUUGUAGCCCCCGGCGGCUCUUGUAGUGCUAGGGACUGUGUUGCUGCGCUCAGCGCCUAUGUAUCCUGCCUUGGGUGUGUGUGUGCGUUUGUGGUGGGUGAGUGCGGUUGUACCAGACAUUGUUGAUCUUUGCUUUCUAUAUAAA